UUCCUGGUUGUGAUAAGGCUAAAGAUAAAAAAGACUGCAAGAAGUACUUGGCUCCACAAAAGAACUAAAGUGUUGUGGAGUUUCCCAGCUGAGCCUUGAUAUCCCAAGGACCACUGAAUCAUAACUUUCCAUUCUCCAAGCAAGCUUUUUGUUUCUUCAGGUCUGUCUGAUACUUUAUUACAACCAACACUCUUUUACCCGAGGGACCCAGGCUGUUAUAUACUCAGAGAGUAAGCCAGACUAUUCUGAAAAAAAGAAUUCUUAAAAUACACUUCAAGUGAGUGUCCAAAGAAUGUGCCUGACUGGUGGGAGGGGAGCUGGAUGUUUUAUCUCGUAGGUUCCAUCUUACCUUGGCAGUGAAGGUGAUACCUAAAGAAAAAUAAUGAAAGUAAAUUUUGUUUUGUUCUUCGUACUUCUCAACUUCUGUGUUAUUAUUGGUAAGAGGGAAAUUAAGGCAACCAAUGGGAGUCAGUGGAGGCAGCUCCACCCUCAAGGACAACAAGUUGGCAUUGUGAAUCGCAAUCCAGCCAGACAAUCCAUACCUAGACGUCCACUCUCCCCUGCAAAAGUUCCAAACAUGAAUGCAGAUGAAGGCACUGCAACCUUCCUUGAUUCGUAUAUAGGUAUUGAUGAAACUGAAACCAGCUACAAUGUAUUACCAGGUAGACAAGGACGCUGCAAAACAAAUGGAAUGAUCAUGUAUGACAAGGCAGUCUGGUCUCCAAAACCUUGUCUGACCUGUCUGUGUUCAAAUGGAAAAGUGAUCUGUGAUGAAAUGAACUGCCCGAUCCUAAAAUGUGCAAGGACCACAAUACCAACAGGAGAAUGCUGUCCAAUUUGCACUUCAAUUGAGCUAAACGAUCCUAGUGAAACCUAUCAUCCAGUGAUCCCAGGUAAUCAAGAUACACAAAUAAUACAAGAAGAACUAAGGAGAGAUAACAACAAAUUGGAAGAAGAGCUCCGCAGAAAAGAUGAGGAAAAGAAAAGAAAGCUUGAAGAGAAAAAGCAUCAUGAUGAAGAAGAACAAAUGGAACUAGGGAGAUCCUAUCAUCGGGGAAAAACUAUAGAAGAGGAAGAUCUUCAAAAGCUGCAGGCAGAGGACCAGGAACAUUUAUAUGAAGAAGUUCAGGGGAGUAAAGAAAAUGGAGAAAAUCAGCAACUCGAAAAUGAAAUGACAAAUCACUCAAAAACUAUUCAAGAGAAAGAAGAGCAGGAUAGCAAUUAUGAUGGGUAUGUUGAGUAUGUUGAAUAUACUGAUCUUUAUGAUGAGGAAGAGGAGCAGCAAGUGAAGGAACAAGAGGAGCAGCAAGUGAAGGAACAAGAGGAGCAAGAGGAGCAGCAAGUGAAGGAACAAGAGAAGCAAGAGGAGCAGCAAGUGAAGGAACAAGAGGAGCAAGAAGAGCAGCAAGUGAAGGAACAAGAGGAGCAGCAAGUGAAGGAACAAGAGGAGCAAGAAGAGCAGCAAGUGAAGGAACAAGAGGAGCAGCAAGUGAAGGGACAAGAGAAGGAGGAGGAGAAGGGUGAGAAGGAGAAAAAAGAGAUGGAGGAGCAAUUGGAGGUACACAAGGGAGAGGAGGUGAUGGAGAAGGAGAAAAUGAUGGAGGAGGUGGCGGAAGAGGAAGUGGAUGAAGCAGAGAUGCAAAAUGAGAAACAGGAGGAAACGCAAGAGGAGGCAGAAGAGAAGGAGAUUGCGGAAGACGAAGAAAAUGGCUCUGCAGAUGUUUUUGAGUUGUCAUUAUUUCCUUCCAUAUUUGAAUCAAUAUUAGUUCAAUCUGGUGAAGAACCCCAUAGAUUUUCUCUUCCAGUUGGCUGUGAGACCACAGAUAUCACAAUAAAUUGCAAUAAUGCCAAGUUGACUCAAAUACCUCCACUCAGUGAUCUGGAGCUUACAAAUCUUUAUCUUGCAGGAAAUAGAAUCACUGCUAUUCCAGCAGGGGCAUUCAAUGGAUUUCCUAAUCUCAAAUUGAUUGACCUCAGUAGAAAUAAGAUUCUUUCUUCCAACAUAGAUCCAACAGCAUUCAAAGGGUUAAAAAAAUUGGAACGCCUAUACAUGGAUCAAAAUUUGUUGAUCUACAUCCCUCCUCAACUCCCUCGAAAACUUGUUGAACUAAAAGUAAAUGACAACCUACUUCAACGAUUGGAUGAAGAAGCUCUCCAGGGUCUAAGUAAAUUGGUCAAUCUGGAACUGGAAGGUAAUAAACUCAGUGAAAGCAAUGUUCAACCUUUGGUCUUCAGACCUCUUAAGCGACUCGCUUACUUACGACUGGGAAAUAAUAAAUUUAGAACCUUACCACAAGGUCUUCCUACUUCCAUAGAGGAACUUUAUCUUGAAGACAAUGAAAUUGAAGAGAUAUCUGAAGUUAGUUUAAAUAAGACCACCAAUUUGAAUGUGAUGGUUCUCAGGAAUAAUAAGCUUGAUGAAACCAGGAUCGCACCAUUUGCUUGGAUAAAACUCAAGAACCUAGAAUAUCUGGAUCUCUCACACAACAAGAUAAUUCACGUUCCAUCAUUGCUACCCAAAGGUCUCCUGUAUCUUAUACUUGUUCAUAACCAGAUUGAGCGAAUUCCAGGCUUUGUAUUUGCUCACAUGGAACCAGGAUUAGAAAUUUUGUACCUAUCUUUCAACAAAUUAACAAGCGAUGGAAUUGACCCAGUUUCUUUCUUUGGCACCUACAAUACUAUGAGAGAAUUGUUUUUGGAUCAUAAUAUGUUGAAAAAAAUUCCUAUUGGAAUUGCUGAAAUGAAGGCGCUUCACUUUCUGAGACUCAAUGAUAACUUAAUCAGAAAUGUUCCACCGGAAUCCAUCUGCAUAAUGGAUGAUCAAGAUGACUCAAAAAUUCGAACACUUCAUCUCGAAAACAAUUAUAUAAACACACGGAGAAUCCCACCAACUGCCUUUUGUUGUAUAGAAAAAUACUCAAGUGUGAUCUUGACACCACAAAAGGUCAAAAAAUAACUAUUCUAGGUGUGAAAGUCAUUUUUAUCCAUAUAUGUUUUGAAGCAAAAAUUGUGUAUGACAUGCGGCUUAAAUGUUCUUGUUUAACUGCACUUCUGUCAAAGCAGAAUAAUGAGUCCCCAUCGAGCGAUAAGAAAUGUACACUAAACCUACACCUAGUUCAUGGUUUUUAUGUCAAU